GUUUAGUUGAAUUUCGUUCGUUGCUCUGGACGAGCAUCUAGAGGGGAACAUGGUGGCUGGAAAGAAGACAAUGGCAUCCACUUUCCCUGAUUUUUCUUCAAAGUUUUCAAAGCCUGGGAAUAGUGCUGUUUCUCAUAGGAACUUAAGCAAGAGUGAUCUUGGAGGAAUGAUCUUUGGAUGCAAGCACCACACUAUGGCUGAGUGCCUAUCAAAGCUGCUAUUUGGGCUGCCGGCAUUGCAUUACCCGUAUGUAAGAAAUGUCGAACCAAAUUUGCCCUUGUUCCUAUUUAAUUAUGAUGACCGGAAGCUAUAUGGAAUUUAUGAAGCUGCAUGCCAUGGUGUUAUGAAUAUUGACCCACAUGCUUGGACAGAUGACGGUGCAUGGAAAACUCCUUUCCCUGCACAGGUUCGCAUCCGUGUUAAAAUUCAAUGCCAGCCACUCCUUGAGAGUCAGUAUCGUAAGAUCAUCGAGCGUAAUUACUACCAAGGCCAACAUUUUUGGUUUGAAUUAGACCACACCCAAACCAGAGGCUUAAUAGCAUUGUUUCGACCUUGUCCUACAAACACCAUUCCCGCAACCAUUGCAACAAGAAGGAGCAGCUCCUCGACUGCAUCACCAGUGGCCGAUUGGAAGUCAGUUGUUAUCAGGGGGCAUGUGGAUACUGAGGCUGCAAUACCCAAAAAGAAUUCAGAUGCAUCUCCUGCAGUGAAUUCAAAUAUGUUUGCCUCUCUUGACUUUGAUCAUGAAGAAAGUGACUGUGCCAACUCAAGCAAGAUGUCUUCUGCUGGCCCAGAAGAUAUAGUAGCCAAAGAGCCAGCACCAAAUUCAGAGGAGUUGGGGAAGGAUUUUGUAGACACCCCUCAUGUGGAUGCCACCCCUGACCUAAAUGUCAGUGAUCAAACACUGCCCAAACAGCAAUAUGCUGAUGAGAGAUUUCAGAAUGAAGUAGAAGCAGUGGUCCUUAAGCUUCAAACGCUGUCUGCUAAACGUAGUUCUUUACUUUCAUCUUCCCUGCACUCUGAGAAUGAAUGUUCAUCUUCCCUGCACUCUGAGACUGAUUUGGUUUCUUCUGUUGCUACAAUUGACUUGAAUGAGGACAUUGGAAAGAUUUCAGAAGAAACUCCAAUUCUUACAGUGGAGGACAAUAUAGAAUUGGAUCAUUAUCAAGGAAAGGAAGAGGUGGUGCAGCUUGUGAAAGAAAUAAAAGCGAAAAGCUUAGUGUUGGAGAAAAAGCAGGUUGAAUCUGAUCAGGAAAUUCAACGACUGAAGGAUCUUGUGAAGCACUCUGAAAGAAAAAUAGAGCAACUGGAAGAACAUUUAAAGGACUUAGAAACCAAGCUUGAACCUUCUAUAACACUUGAUGAGUCACUGAACAAAUUUGUUGAUCAGUACUUUGGUUCAGAUAAAGUGAUAUACCUAAUCGGUGGAUAUGAUGGCGUGUCAUGGUUAUCUUCAUUAGAUGCCUUUUCACCAUCACUGGACAUACUAACUCCUCUAAAAUCAAUGAGUACUGCUCGUUCAUAUGCAUCUGCAGUUGCACUGCAUGGAAGUAUUUAUGCAUUUGGAGGUGGUGAAUCUAGUGGUGGAAAUGUGUGGCAUAAAACAGUUGAAUGCUAUAAUCCAAAGUAUGAUGAAUGGACUAUGUGCUCUCCUAUGAGCACUGAGAGGGGGAAUCUUGCUGGGGCUACUUUGAAUGGGAAAAUAUUUGCUAUUGGUGGAGGCAAAGGAAGUGACUGCUACUUUGAUGUUGAGAUGUUUGAUCCUGCUCUUAAUAAAUGGUUUAACUCUACAUCAAUGCAUGAAAAGCGCUUAGCACUUGGUGCGGCAGAACUUCAUGGCACACUUUAUGCUGUUGGGGGUUAUAAUGGAUACUCUUACUUACAAUCGGCUGAAAGAUAUGAUCCCCGGGAACGAUACUGGACCAGGUUGCCAAACAUGAACUCAAUAAGAGCUUGUUAUUCACUGCAAGCCUUUAAUGAGAAAUUGUAUGCUAUUGGAGGAUAUGAUGGUAAAAAAAUGGUAUCAAGUGUGGAAACGUUUGAUCCUCGCAUGGGUUCAUGGUUGAUGGAUGAACCGAUGAAGUUUGCGAGAGGCUAUGCUGCUUCCGUGGUGCUUGAUAAUGCUCUUCUUGUAAUUGGUGGAAGUUUAGAUGGAGAUAAUGUCACCGAAAAUGUUGAAUCAUACAAAGAUUGUAUUGGAUGGACUAAUAAAUAUACAAAAGCAAUUACAAAAAGGUGCUUCUUUUCUGCUGCUGUUUUAUGAGCUUGGCAAGGGAGCUAUUAAAGAUGUGUGGGGUUGUAAUUAUAUUGGUUGAAAUAAUUCAGUAAUUGUUGUAGUGUGUAGUUUGUGUAUAGGAAAAUGCUAAUCAGAUUGCAUUGAUUAGCAUUUCAUUUAUGUAAUUAAUUUGGCUAGUUUUAUUGAGUAUAGAAUGUAUACCAAAUUGGUGUUGACUUGAAGUAACUGUGGAGGAUCUAACCUUAUUAAGGGUUGUUCCUUCUGUUUGUUUUUUAAGUUAGUGCACCAAAGAAGAGGGUUUUAUGUUUCAUCUCGCCCUCUCA